CCGCCCCAAAGAAGCGCCCUCCUACACGGAGGCGACCCGAGCGAGCACCCGGCCCGGGCCGUCCUUCCUUCCUUCCUUGCCGGUCGCUGUGACCCGGAAGGGCUCCCGGCGCGUGUCUCGGCAGGCAGGCAGGCGGGCUGAGCGAGGCGGCCGCUCUUACUUGAGCUGCCCGGGGGGAGAUGAUGGCCACGUUCUUCGGCGAGGUGGUGGCGCCUCCGUCCCGCGCUGGCGACGACGACGACGACGACGAGGAGGAGGCGGCGGCCCUGGAGCGCGAGGAGACACCGGAAGAUCGCGAGAUUCGCCAGCAGCUGGAGAAGAAAAGGUGGCGUCCGGGGCGGGCGGGAGGCGGAGGAGGCGCUUGGAAAGCAGGCACGAGGAGGGAUGGGAAACGCUCCGGCAGAGUCGAGGCUCUCAGCUCCUGCGGGCAGGCGGGGGGACAAAAACCAAAAAAGCCCUAAAAACAUUCUGGUCCCUUGCAACCCGUGACGUAACAACGGGGGCACUUCUGGGCAUGUGAAGAGUGCCUUCCCGCCGCAGCGAAAUCGUUGCAGCUUUCCCUUAGGCAGGCGGGCGCGACCUUCAGCCGGAGGCGGGAACCAAACCUCAGCUGAAGGGGUCGUGUGGUAACCUAGCCUAGAAUGGUUGUCAGUGACGUUAGAGUUAAUUGAACUUGAUAUGUACAUUUGUUUAUAUCCCUUCUUUCGUUCUAGUCUAGUGGCGUUCCGGGGAUGGACUGCCAUCUAGGCACUGGCCAGGCCCAGAUGUGUGUAGUUUCUACAAGGGGAGGGUGGGCUAUGACUUGUAUCUUCAGAAUGUGUUGUGUGGUUCCCAGUGCAAUAGGUGUGAACACCUGUUGCCAUCGCCCUUCCCCUUUCGGAGGAGUAACGCGAAUCUACUUGCGCCAGCCUGUUGUUUUGGGGGCCGUUGCUCUGUGACAGAUGUGGGUAACCUUUGGCCCUCCAGAUGUGGCUGAACUGUAGCUCUCAUCAGACACAGCCAGGGAGUUGUAGUUGAGCAACAUCUGGAUUGACAAAAACGUUCCCCCACACCUGCCCUCUGAAGUAAGGUUGCCAGAUUUUUUUCAAUGAAUCCAGGGCACGCUUCAACUUCCUGCUAAAUAGAUGGAUUUUGUCAGGGGACUGAUUUGUAAAUCUGGGGACUGUCCCCAGGAAAUGGGGAUGUCUAGUAACCUUACUCUUAAGACAGUGAUGACCAACAGAAGUGUAGGAGAAAUGACAGGCUUGGGUUUUGGGGGGAGAUAUGUGCUUGGUUACUCCUUACAAAGAGGCUCCCAUACAGAUUCUCCUUCAUUUUACUUUUCACCCGGCAGGAGUAAAGAGAGUCUGGGGAAUGGGUUAGUUUCAGUAGAAUAGGACAGUAUGUGGAGAAAGGUUUAUAGAGGCCCUUCUUCCGCUCUAUCCUCUUUGGCUGCAUUGUGUAGCAACCACUACCACCCCCAAAAACCCACGGAACUUCCUGUCAUGUUUUUAAUCUUCUCUCCUUUUGAUUUCCUUACACAAAUGGGUUGGGAAUCCUUUUAUAGGCUAUUGGCCUACUAAUUGCUCUCUAGGGAUGAGUGGAGAACUAAGCUUGUAAUCCUAACCCCAGUUACCUGAGACUUGAAACCCACUGAAUUCUGUGGGACUUCUGAAUAGACAUGGUUAGGAUGGCAGCCUAUGCCCCUUGAUCAGUGAUAGUACUGUGAACAGUGGAUACAUCUAUAUUUAUCUCAAUUGUACAAAUAACACUUCGCUGGAAUGGUGCCAUCUUCUUGCUCAGGGUAUGUUUAACCUUGUUCUGUUUUCGUUUUGUUUCUGUAUUCAGGGAAGUUCACAUCCUCUGGAAUUCAACAUCUACUGCAUCUAAUAACGAGCAGUUUCCUUGCUCAAAGUUCGUAUUGGCUGUAGGGCAUAAUGCAGUAGGUAGGCAAUCUGUAUGUGUUCUUCAUUUCAGUGUUUAACAACCUGUAAGCAGGGCAUAAGGGACGCAGGUGGCGCUGUGGUCUAAACCACAGAGCCUAGGGCUAGCCGAUCGGAAGGUUGGCAGUUCGAAUCUCUGUGACAGGGUGAGCUCCCAUGGUUCGGUCCCAGCUCCUGCCAACCUAGCAGUUCGAAAGCAAGUCAAGUGAAAGUGGAUAAAUAGGUACCGCUCCAGCGAGAAGGUAAAUGGCGUUUCUGUGCGCUGCUCUGGUUCGCUAGAAGCGGCUUAGUCAUGCUGGCCACAUGACCCGGAAUCUGUCUGCGGACAAACGCCGGCUCCCUCGGCCAGUAAAGCGAGAUGAGUGCUGCAACCCCAGAGUCGGCCACAACUGGACCUAAUGGUCAGGGUUACCUUUACCUUUAAGCAGGGAAUGAUAGAGAUGUAUAAGAUUAUGCAUCUGCUAUUAUAUUUUGUAAUAGUAGAACUUCCAUGUAGUUGAAUGUAGGAAGAUUAAGGAUAGACAAAAUUAAGUACUUCCCUCAGCACAUACUUACACUAUGGAAUUUGCUCCCACAGGAUGUAGUGAUGACCACUAGCUCCGAUGGGUUUAAAGGGGGAUUAGACAAAUUAUCACUUUUUGAUGUGUAGAAAAUAGUGUGCAACCUUAUAAUUUGUUAGGUAUUUUGUAACUGAGUUUAGUAGCCAUGUUUACCUUAACCCCCUCCCUCCAGUUGAAUUCUAUGGAAACCAAAAAUACUGUUUAUCUUAUUUUCUUUCUAUUUCUGUGUAUAUUCACUAAAUAAUCUACAGGGAAGCUGCCUACAUAAACUGAGUUGCAUCACUCCACUUCCACAUAGCAAUGGUGGUUACGAACAAUGUGCAGAACAUAACAGUGCUAUAGGAAAUAAAUCUCAUUUCUGCUUGCAGCAUUCUUGUCUUCCUUUGUUUUGAGUUCUGGAGGCUGGGAAGUCGUUGGAUCUGUCAAAUUGUGGAAUGAGUGGUGCAGAACAUCAAAUACGACCAAAGUCCUUCCAACAGAUUCCUUCUGUUUGUUCUAUCGGUUGAUUUCAGAUCCCACAGUAAGUAAGAUAGAGAGUUGUCCCCAACGUAGCAUUAAGCACCCUGUCAGUUCAGGGAUUUUGUCUUCGGCAGCUGUACUUUCCACCUUCUCUGCUCCCACAUGCCCUAUAAAUCUGUUCCAGCGGUUCUCCCAACCCUCCAGAGCAGAUUUAGGGAGUCCCGUGGCACAAGUGGAAAUCAUUGCACUGACAUAAUGCAUUCAUUGGAUACCUCCCAGAGCUUAUGGAAUCAGACUUGAGUUUGUUACCUGAUGAUAUCUUGGUAUUUAACUGAUGUGGUUUGGUGCUGGAGACGGCAAAGUUAGACUGUCCAGCCCUGCAUUAGUGUUUGCAUUGAAUCUUCUUGCCUAUCCUUGUGUUUAAGAAUUAGAACACCAGCAGUCUGCUUUCAUGCAAGUGCUUUUGAACAGUCACGUGCUUUCAUAUUAGCUACAUAGUAUGCAUAACUUUAGAUGUGGCCUUUAGUACUGUGUAAGUAAUGAGAGAUUGUAAUAUGGUAUUCCUUGUUACAAACACAUGCAGCUCCUUCAAACUGACUCAGCCUAGAUUUGUAUGCAAACCAUGUGCUCCACCACCAUUCAGUAACAGCCUCUUCCUUUUGUCUUAUUGGUCAGUGAAGAAAGAGCCUUACAGUAACAAUUGUUGUCUGUGGGUGUGUCCAUUGUAGGAUUAGCCAAGAUCAAGUGUGAUGUGCAGCACAAUCCUAUACACGUUUAUUCCCCAAGUUCCACUGUCUUUAGUGGAGCCCCCUGGAAAGUGCCUGUGAGAUUACAGCUUUCGGUUAUCAUAAUUACUUUUCAUGCUAUAUAUAUAUUAACAUAGUUCUGUUUAAAAUUCAUGAAGCAUUUAUGACUGUUCUGUCACUUCAGGUUUUAUUGUGCCAGUGCAGUUGUUACGUGGCAGAGGACCAGCAGUUUCAGUGGCUUGAAAAGGUAAGAAGUAGAAGAAAUCGGGAUACAAAGCAGUGUUAGAAACUGAUAUAUGAAAGCUAGGAGCUAAGUGGCACUGUAAUCCUAGGUUAUGGGCACAACAGGGGAAUGUCUAGGCGUGCAUUUUUAUAACAAGAAUACAAAGCUGAAAAUGAAUGAACUGCAGUUAAAUUAUUAUGUUCAUUUCUCACAUGGUCUAGUCCUUCCCCUGUCCGUCCCCCUAAUAUUCUUAGGAGGUCUCUUCUGCAGUCUUCAGAGAGUAGCUGGAAAUAGGGAGGCAGAAAAAGGUCUUCCUUUCCUUCCACUCUGCAGUUUUAAUCUGAAAUCUUAGGCGCAGUACUGCGCCCAGAGCUCAGAAAUCACGUGCGCUAAUGAAAUUCCCUGUCGCAAAAUGCACCUAGAACAAUGGGAGUUUCAAACCCUGAUACAAAGUGCAAGGGUGAAAGAGUCCCCUUGUUUUGUGAGUCCAUACUGUGGAUAAGAGAAGUAAUGGAUCUGAGAUUCUGGGCUGCAGUCUUAUACAUACUUAUCUAGGAAUAAGUCUCACUGAAUUCCAUAGGACAUACUUCAGAGUAAACUUAUAUAGGAUUGCACUGUAAAUAAAUGUACUGCUGAUUUGUUCACUGGUCAUUGUAUGUCUGUUUUACUGGGUAAAACAUUGACAUAAUGUAUCAAGGGCCAAACAGUAAGAAUAAUUGUUUACCAGGCAGCAUCCUAAAAGGAAAAUUGGUUGGAAUUGUUAUUCAGCUUUGCCAGUCGUUGUUGUUAGUGAUAUUGCACCCUUUCUUCAAGGCUCUUAAAGUGACAUAUAUAGUUCUUUCCUUCCUCAUUUUAACCCCUCAACAACCUUGUGAGAGGGGUUGGGCUAAGAGAUAGUGACAGGCUCAAAGGCCACCCAGUGAACUUGUUGGCUGAGUGGGAAUUUGAAUCCUGGUCUCCCAAGUCCUAGUCUGACACUUACCGCUACACCACACUGGCUUGAUUUGUUACCUGCAACUGUGUUGAAUCCAGCCUGUUGCAAACAGAAAUCCUCCGCAUUAUCUUCUGAACGGAGGAGGAUAUUGCCUACAAAAGCUGAUAACCUCCUUUUCAGCACACUUGCUCAGAGGCCUUUUGGCACUUUGACAUCGGUGCAUUGGCAUCUGUUCCUCGAAAAAAAAUAUAUGAUGUUGCAUAGGACAUCUUCAAGCUGGCAUUGCCCCUUAGACUGUACAAGAUAGUGUAGAUCAUGGUGCUGUGGCAUUUCUCCAAUCUGGGAUUCAGUUAUGGGCUGAAGGAAUAUGAAUGUGUGAAUUACAGGGACUGAAUGUUACCGAUGAAGUCAAUUAAAUUGCAGAGAAAGCUUCUGCAGAUUCAUUGAGUCUCUCAGGUGCCACAGGACUCAUGCUGCUACAGACACUAGUAGAACAAUCCUUUACAAAUCUACUCAGAAAUAAGCCCUCUUGAUUUCAAUGAGGCUUACUCAGGAGGAGGGAGUGUAAGACUGUGGCCCAAAGGUUGAUUGACCAGCAGUGGUAUGAGUGCCAUGUUGCCAUUGCGGCUUCCCACAUUUGCCCUUAAGGGUUGAUAUCAUGGGGAAGAACCACAAUAGUGCUGGAGGCUCCUGUAACACUGCUGGUAUGUGUGAAUUGGCUCCAGCACCUCGCACUUAAAUCGGGAUUUACACUUUCAUCCUAGGUUUUUGGAUGCAUGCAGAAGACGGAUUUGCAAGUGCUUGUUCUUUCAACCUGCUCUGUUACGGAAUAUAAAACAACAGAAUCAACUCUAACACUUCCUUCUCCUUUUCUGAAAGCAUUAAAGACAAGCAUGUUCAAAGAUAAAGUCUGUUCUUCACUACUAGAACAGCCAAAUAUUGCACGGGACCUCCCUGCUGCAGGUAUUUAACAAUGCAAAACCUUAAGUUGAAUAAAUGUCUAUAGUGGUACCUCAGCUAUGAAGUGUCCUGCUCAAGGACGGAUUCACCUGGCACCAACUUUGCUGUCUUUUAGGCACCAAGCAAAAACCCCUUUUGAUGCUUUCAGGCAUUUAAAAAACAUUUUUACCAUUUUCAUAUAUAUAUAUAUAGCCUUUCAUACUAUUAAUGGUGCACUUUAUAAGCUGGUUGUUUUUAUCAAACCAUUGAUUAAAGGUGGUUUGUAUAUAGUCCUGGAAUAAAUAAGUAUAAUGUUGUGGCUGCUUUUUAUCUGGUCUUGAAUGACUGGUGGAUGUUCUCUCAGUGGGAGCUAAUUGUUAGGAAAGAGCUGAAGAAUUUUCCUUCAGUGUUUUGCAUGGGAAAGCCAGAACUGGAAGGUGACCCAUGCAUGUGCAAGCACAAGCCCUAGCAGAGGAGAGGGGUGUGCUGUGAAUCAACAAAAGCAAUUUAUUGGGGGGGCAGGGGGGGAGAGCAAGAGGUCAGAGUGAAUUGCACUUUUGCUGGAAGGUUGAAGGCACUAAUGUGGAGCAAUUAAUCUGCUGCCUGGCAGGAAUGUGUGCUGUUUGCCUCCACUUUUUAUGGUGUUUUUUAAAAAGAAAAUGAACAAAUAUUACAAAAAUGCCAGAAAUAUUCAGAAUUUUCUCCUCCAAAGGGAGCUUACCGCAGCUAGUGUUGCCCUUGUAAUUUUUCGCUGUUGGGGGAAGUGUGGAGCAUGUAACAAGAAGUUGGCUGGAAUUCCAUUCAGACUGAUGGGCACCAAUAGAAUUAUCCUCCUCAAUACCGUAAGAUAUUCUGCUGCUACAGCAAGUGGCAGUAAUGGCACCAGCCUGUCUUUAUAAAAUGCGUUUUAUUGGCAAAGCAACAGCUUUACACCAUCUACCCAGGCAGGAACAAAUGAUUUGCUUAAUAGACUACAGGAAUGCUGCAAUCGCACUGUGCAUUGCAAAUCCUGCACGGAGCAGAAAGCUGGGCUUGAUGACCUCUGUGGUCCCUUACAACGCUGGUUCUGUGACAGUGCCUUGAACAUUGCGUUAAGGCUAUGUAACUCUGACCUAGAGUGUUGGUUGGCCUUUUUUUUUCUCAUGACAUGCUUCCAGAAAAAAAUAGUUGUUAACAUGUGUGAUUUGUUGUGAAUUUCUUACAAUAUGCUUGCAGAUAACAAUAAGGUGUUGUUGUUUUUUAAUGUAUGAUUCAUUUUGAUCAACUGAGCAUGUUGCUGAUUUAUUACCACUGCAAAAGCAGGUUACUAGUCUCUCUCUCUCUCUCUCUCUCUCUCUCUCCCCCCCCUCCCCUCUUGCCUCCUGAAUUGUGCCUAGUUCUCAGUUACUGUCAAGUGUGGCAGAUCCCUGCAGUGCUUUAUCAGUGUUACACUGAUAUCAUCAAACUGGAUUUGGUAACAAUUGAAGCUUUCGAGCCCUUGCUAUCUUCCAGAAUCCUGAAGGGUUUGGUGAAGGUAAGAUUCAAUUAUUAAGCCUAUAUGUGGCCUUAUUUCAGCUUGCCUGUCUGCAGACUGGUCACUACAACAGCUGCUGUGAAGGGACCUAAGAGGAGGCCAGCUGGAUCAGACCAAAAGCCCAUCUAAUCCAGCUGUUCUCACAGUAGCCAAUCAGGUGCCUACAGGAAGCCAGCAAGCAGGACCAAACUUCAUCAGCACUCUCCAGAAACUAGUAUUCAGAGGCAUAAGGACACUUGGAAUUCAAUUCCCAGAAGGGCCACUUUGUUGUAUUUGUGGGUACGAGCCCUGAAGCAUCCCAGCAACAUUGUAUUGCUUUUGAGUCACUUCCAUGGUACUGAAAUUUUCUGCCUCUGGGCGUUAGGAAAGGAGCUGUGAAUGCAGAUUAGGGAUUACUGUGUGUCAGGGGUUUCCCUUGUUGAGUGCUUAAAACAUUUGCUUAGCUGCUUGUUUGACUUUGUGAGAUGCUGUCUUUGGCUUUGAUUUACACCUGGUUGGGAUAUAAAUUGGUUUACAUUGAGAUUUAUUUUUUUUACUUUAAUUGGGCUUUCUCCUCUCAUGUUUGAACCUAGGCAACAACAAAGGGUUUAUGAUCAAAAUCCAUAUUUAGGUCAUGUUCGAAAACUACCUACAUCCAUGCACUUCGUAAUUCAAAGGAUAAAAGCUUGUCACUGGACUUUCUUCCAUAGGCCACAUAACAGAAUAAUUUAGAGUUAACCACACCUGCCAACAAAUGUCUAUUUUCACACCAGUUUUAACUGCUGUUGCUUCUGAAGAAUCCUGGGAACUGUAGUUUGGUACACAGACUACAAAUUCUCUGUUUGAGUUUUCUAUCCCACUUGCAGAACUACGGUUUUCUGGUUUCCCCAGGACAGAGGGAAUGACUGUUAACCAGUUAGUGUCUCUGGUGUAGAAAUGCCCUUGGAACAAAGAUCUAACAACUAUUUCAAAAUGAGUGGCACUCAGCUUGGCUUGCACAAAAUGUCUUGCAACAUAAAACAAUCAGUACAAUCACCCUUCAGUGCGAGCAAGAAAUGAAAUUGAGGUCACAGGUAGGCUGUGCUGUUAUGUGUUGCUUUUUCUCAUCCUUUCUAGCCACGGGAUGACUGCUAGAGUUGUCCUCAAGCUGUAGAGAAAAUCUGUGAUAAUCCAGUCUUAAAUGUAAACUUUAACUCAAAACAUUGCUGGGUUUUUUUUAAAUCCUGAAGCUCUUGCAGAAACUGCAGCUUUUAAAAAACAACAACACAAAAAGUUAAUGGUUUCUGUCCUGUGCUUCCUUUGCUUAGUUGAGUUUGCUUUGGUUUAAUGUAAAUGACUGCCAAAGUAUCUGAGUAUAUUUCCACUAUGAUAUUGAGUUAUUGGUUCCUCAAACUAGGCUCAAUAAGUGGAUGAGGCUAGCAACCGUCAAACUGAAAUGAAAGACGACUAUAUGGUACCAAGCAGUCCACACCCUGAGCUUGUGCUGAUGAACACACAGCAGAACAAGGGUUCCUCCCACAACGCUAAAGUGGAAGGAAAAUUAACUGGAGGAAUACUGCUGCAAUCCAGUGCACAAUUAAGCACACUUAAAUUCCUGCUGGUUACAGGAGAUAUAAGAAGGGAGAGUGCUAUUGAGCUUAUGUCGUGCUUGUAAGAUUUCUACAGGCAUCUGGUUGGCCACUGUGAGCACAGAAUACUGGAUUAGGUAGGUCUUUGGUCUAAUCCUGCAGAACUUUUCCUGACAUUCUUUAAUGAUCCACUGUGUGCUCAGUUGAAUAUUUUUGUUCAUUCUUACCUGCCUAUGAUCAAUUAAUUAGUUACAAAAGUGUGAAGCGGAACCAGCUGGUUCGCAAGUUGCAUUCCAUAGCAAGAACUGGAUAUGGUUGUCCUGGAACAGAAUAUGGAUGCUACAUUUCAUAUGUAGUAUACAGAGGGUUGUGUGUGUUCGUUUUGAAAAGUUGAGUGGCCAAGAAUAAGGAAAUACGAUAGGCAGUUAUUAAUGCAUUCUUACCUUCACUGGAUUUUUUUUUCUAUUUUCUUUUACCUAGGACAUUUCAAGAAGCACAGAAAUAUUGAGAAAAGUGGUGACAACAAAUGAAAUUGAUAACAUCUACACUUAAUGGAGAAUUAUCCUGGAUACUUUCAAACUCCAGUAUUUUGUCAACUGCAGCUACUUUGCCUGGAAGCAUUUGGGACUUGUAGUUGUUCCUUUAUAAGUGGAAUGUGUUAUCUUUUGUACCAUAUGCUGACUGUUGUGGGGUGUUACCAGCUGAAAUGAAUUUAAAGGUGACGUUUUUAUUUUUCACAAACUCAAGCCACUUUUUAUUUUUGCCAUGAGCAAAGGCAACUCCUUACAUUCUUCCACCAGUAAUCAAAUCUAUAUUUUAAUGCAGCAAAAUAAUUGUAGUGGAUGUGGCAAAGCCUCUGUCUGUAAUUGACUGAGUUGGCCUCCUACCACAGAAGCAGGGCAGGCAGCAAAGCCUGUGGAUGCUGUUAGUCGAAGUGCUUAGGUACUAGAGAUAGGAAAGCAGGCAAAAUAGUCUAAUAAGAUGCAAGGACAUAGGAAGCAAGCACCUGAUGACUGAGAAGGCAGGAGGCUAAGGAAGGCUUAGGAGAAGAGGGUGGGACUUUUAAGAGAAAGUGGCCCAGAGGAAUUUCUUCGUGGGGGAGGCAAAGAAGUAAAAUGGUGAGAAUGGACAGGUAGGUAGAGUGACCACUUACAUUUCCUCAUUUUUGGCAAUGUUUAUCACCACAGAAGAAGACACAGAUUUGCAUAAGCUAAUUUACAUGUAUAGAUUCAGAAACGGUAGCCACCAUUUCAAUAGAAAAAAAGGAUCUGUCCCACAAUAGCAAGGAACAUUGACCUGUUCAUUUGUUCAGUCUGUUUUCUAGAUGUAAACUAUAGAUGGGCAACUUCAAGGCCCCUAUUCUUCCUUUUUUGUGUUAUAUAUCUUUAUAAACUGGACUUCGAUCAGACGGCCAUUCAAAAUAGAGAACUCCUUCCAAUUGAAGCAUUUCCUUUGUAAAGCAGUACCUAUGUCAACACUAUAGAUAGGACACCAGCUCAGGGACAGGAAUUGCAGUGUGGAAUAGCUAAUGUUGUUUGAAAUAGCCCAUUAAACCUCCGUCUGCAGGCUUCUAUAACUGUACAGAACAACUUUACUUUAUUACUUAAUAGCCAGUUAAGUUUUUCAGUUACAUUGCUUUCAAGUAAUAAAACCUUCUUAUACUAAGAAA